AUGAAAUUGCUCGAGGGACAGUACUGGGUCGAUAACCUGACCAGCACGGUACAAUUCUCACAGGCAGUGAACCGAGCCUUGUCUGAAGAAUCCUCCGUCCUAGACCUCGCACUUGAGGUAGGACCGCACCCAGCUCUCAAGGGACCAACCUCCGAGGUGAUCAAGUCGCUGACCGGUCUGAACCUUCCGUAUUGCGGUGCCCUCAAUCGCGGACAAGGUGCGGUUGAAGCCUUUGCCGAUAGCUUGGGACUUCUAUGGACGUCAUUCCCGUCGUCACGCCCUCUCAUUACCUUCGACGGUAUGCAACGGGCCCUACCACUAACUAGCCCUAAGAAGCCCAGCAUUCUCAAGGGCCUACCGACCUAUCCUUGGGAUCAUGAUAGCCUUGUCUGGCGCGAGUCGAGGGCCUCUCGCCUUUUCCGCAAUGGCCAGCCUCAACAUGAGUUGCUCGGUCGCCCGACCACUCUGGGCGAGGACGGCAGGCGAGAGAUUCACUGGCGCCAUGUCUUCAAGCUGAACGAGCUCCCAUGGGUCAGUGGCCAUACUAUACAGGGCCAGGUUCUCUUCCCGGCGACAGGAUACGUGACAAUGGCGUACGAGGCCGCCGUGCGUCUUGUUGACGACCAACAAACACUGUGCCUUGUCGAGCUCCACGAUAUUGAGAUCGUGCGCACCAUGGGCAUGCUGGAAGAUUCAUCUGGCCUGGAAGUUCUCUUCACCAUUCGCGUUACGAGCCAGACUGACAGCUGCAUCACCGCCGAAGUGGCCUGCUACAGCGGGGACGUCGAUGGGACCAAGCUGGACGGCCCUGUGAACGCACUCACCGCACAUUUCAGUGGUGGAGUGCGGCUUUUCUUGGGACCUUCUCAGAAAGACGCCCUGUCCAGCCGGAAUAAGCCCCUACUUCCCUUGAACGCUUUAGAUAUGGAGCAAUUCUACUCAUAUCUGUCCAAGGUGGGUUACAACUAUUCCGGUGCCUUCAGAGCUAGCUCGGUAGAACGCCACCUCAACCACGCUGUGGUAUCCGUACCAAACCCUCCUGAAUCCAGUUCAGUGCGUCCUUCUGUGCACCCCGCUGUCCUUGAUACCACCAUUCAAGGUAUCCUGGCCGCCUUUUCUUACCCAGAAGACGGAAGACUUGGGGCGGUAUAUCUCCCCACGGGGAUUGAUUGCGUCCGUAUCAACAUGACAGCCGCCUCUCCGGAUUUCCUCAUGGCAGACAGCCGUCUGACUUCAUCCGGAGAGAAGGGACUCACGGGUGACGUUGACCUUUUCAACGCAAGCGAUGAGACCGUCCAAGUUCAAAUGCGUGGAGUCCAGUGGACCCCCUUGAACCAGAGUCGGGAGCGCCGACUUUAUGCAAGCGAAACCUGGGUACGUGAUGCGGCUUACGGAAUCGAGCCCAGCCUCAAGACCAAGUUCUCUCCAGAGGACGAGGUGUUGCGGAAGCUUCUGGUGCGCACAGCCCAUUUCUACCUGCGAAAGCUGCGCAGCCAGAUCAAGCCUGCUGAGCUUUUAGUCAUGGGCAAACACCGGCGGCACAUGAUGAAGUGGGUCAGGGACCAUCUGUUUCCCCAAAUCGAGGCGGGCAAGGUUCCCGAUAUUGAACCAGAGUGGGAAAACGACACACUGGAAGAUGUGCAGAAAUGGAGCGCUCCCUAUAUUGAAGCCCGAAACAACGAUAUGCUUAUCCUUCAUGCCGUGGGGAAAAACUUGGCAGCCAUUGCUCGUGGAAUCAUGCCUGCCCUUCAGGUUCUUUUGAAGGACGACAUGCUCGACCGCUUAUAUGUGGAAGGAGUGGGUUUUGCCGACGGCAACCUUGAUCUAGGGCCCUUGGUCAAGCAGCUCUCACACCGAUACCCGCGUAUGAAAGUGCUCGAGGUUGGAGCUGGAACAGGCGGUACCACUCGAGCUGUGCUUUCGGCUGUGGGCGAUCAAUAUGCGUCAUACAUGUACACUGACAUCUCAGCCGGCUUCUUUGAGCCCGCAAAGGAAAAGUUCAGCCAGCAUGCCGCCAAAAUGUCGUUCAAGCUGCUGAACAUUGAAAAAGAUCCGCUGGACCAAGGAUUCGACGAGGGGGCGUAUGACAUGGUUAUAGCCUCCAACGCCUUGCAUGCGACUCGAAGCUUGAAAGAAACAGUCAGCAACUGUCGUCGCCUGCUUCGGCCAGGCGGCUAUUUAGUGUUGCUGGAGAUCACAACUAACCAUCUUCCCAUACAACUCAUCAUGGGCACGCUUCCUGGGUGGUUCCUGGGCGUCGAUGAAGGCCGCGUCUGGGUACCCACACUCAGUCUUGAUGAAUGGGACAGCUUGCUUAAAGACACCGGAUUUUCAGGCGUCGACACAAGCUCAACUCCUUCCUUCUGCUCCGUUAUCAUAUCCCAGGCAACAGACGAGAUCUUCCAGGAGCUUCGGGAGCCACUUUCUGUUGCUUCACGUGCGGCAGGCCGCUCACUCGGCCACGUUUUGGUCGUCAGCGACGUGGCGUCGGAACUUGCAUCCAAAUCGCAGGCGCUCCUUGCUUCCACCGAGGGUGUCCUCCAGUGUGAGCUUGAAGGUCUCGAGGAAAACAAUUGUCCCGUCGGAGCAGCCGUGCUCUGCCUUUGCGACCUGGAUAGUCCUGUCUUCGGCGAAAUGACUGUGGCCAGAUUCGAAGCUAUGCAGGCUCUUUUCCGCAACGCCAGUGCUGUUCUGUGGGUAACCUCAGGCGCGGCUUCGGGCAAAAAUCCACUAGCCAAUGUGACGGUGGGAUUGGGACGCACGCUGCUCGCUGAACUUAGUGAUUUGCGGCUUCAAUUCCUUGACGUCGAUGAACCCACAUCGCUUGAGCCAUCUCUACUGGCAACUCUUCUCCUCAGACUCACCGGAAUGAAUCAGCCUGAUCCAAGCGAAAUACUCUGGACUCACGAACCCCAUCUCGCACUCAGAGAUGGCGCCCUCUACAUUCCAAGGGUUUUGCCUCUCGAUAGCAUCAAUAGUCAACACACAGCAAAGAACAGCCAAGUCACCCAGUUGACCGAUCCUAAGGGAAUGUUCGCCGCCGACAAGACCUAUAUUCUUUUCGGCAUGACGGGAGACCUUGGAAUCUCCAUUGCUCUAUGGAUGGUGGAUAACGGGGCUCGAAACGUCGUGUUGACCAGCCGACAUCCUCGUGUUCCGGCCGGAGUGUUCCAACUCAUGUCGCAAAAGGGAGCCGUGUUGCGUGUCGUGCCAGUGGACAUUACGAACAAAGAAGGCUUGAGAGCGGCAUAUACCGAGAUCAAGUCCAGUAUGCCGCCCUUUGGAGGUAUUAUCAAUGGUGCCAUGGUGCUUCGGGACCGCCCCUUCCUCGACACGUCUUGGGAGGACUUUGAGGCGGUGCUAGCGCCUAAGGUUGCCGGAACUCGCAAUCUUGACGAGCUCUUUGGUGGAGAUGAGGCGUUGGACUUCUUCAUAGGGCUUUCGUCUGCAACAUCGAUUGUUGGGAACGUCGGCCAGUCCGCUUACAGUGCGGCAAACCAUUAUAUGGCAAGCCUUGUGCGACGUCGGCGGGAGCGUGGACUGGCGGGCUCUGUCGUCGUCAUUGGGCUCCUCACGGGCUUGGGCUAUAUUUACCGUGCAGACAGGAAGCGGAAUGCUGCCAUUGAAAAGUCCCUCUUACCACAGUUGGAUAGACAAGGCGAGACAGAUCUUCACGACAUGCUAGCCAAGGGCAUUGAGUGCGGACGGCCUGACUCAGACCUGCCAUCCGAGCUUAUCACUGGUGUAAGGAAGAUCUUUACGGAGCCGUGGCACGAAGACCCGCGGUUGUCAUGCUACCUUCUACAAGAGGGUGCGCAAGAAGAGGACACUGGUCAAAAACAAGCUGAUGGGAACAUUAAGGUUGAGGCUCAGCUUGCAACAACGGAGGAUCCAAAGGAAAGCCUAGCAAUCUUGGUGAAGUGCUUCACGCAGUCUCUGGGCAGCAUGCUCCAGCUUGACCCCGCUCAGAUAAGCGAUGACGUGCCCGUGGCUGAUCAUGGAGUUGACUCGCUCGUUUCCGUUCGUAUUCGCGAGUGGUUCUUGAAAGAGCUGGGUGUUGACGUGCCUGUGUUGAAGCUCAUGUCGACCAACCACACUCUCUCCCGAGUCUGUGAGGACGCUCUAGUAGGAUGGCGAAAUCUUCGCACAGGGUCCCAGGCAGAGUCGCAGACAACUACUAACAGUCAUGAUGAUCCAGAAAUGGAUUGGAAGAAGGAAGUGGCCGACCUCAUCGACGGGAUACCUUCCCUCAUUCCAGCAGGCGCUGACUUGGUCAAGGACGUGCCUCGGAGCAGUUCACGCCGUGUCGUCCUCACAGGAUGCACGGGAUUCCUGGGUACGAACAUACUACGCAACCUCGUGGCAGACGGCGACAUUGCAGAGGUGCACUGUCUUUGCCUCCGCUCACGGCCUCUGCGCGUCAAGGACGCAAAGAUUCACGAAUACAAGGGUGACCUGGUCAAGCCGCUGCUGGGCCUCUCCACCAAUGACUUCAAGCACCUCUGCCAGACUGCAGACAUGAUCAUCCAUGUGGGCGCGGAUGUCGCCCAUCUCAAGUCAUAUGAAAUGAUGCGGGCAGCCAAUGUUGUCUCGACGCAAUAUCUGCUCGCUAUGGCUACACCACGCCGUGUUCCCGUUCACUUUGUGUCGUCGUCCUCGGUGGCCAUGCUCCAAAAGGAUACCAGCGAGCUGGCCGAGGUGCCGCCGUCCAGCUUUUGGCCACCAUCUGAUGCCGACUCGCUGCUGAAAAAUGCCAUCGGUUAUGCUGCCAGUAAAUGGAUGGGCGAGAUAUUGCUGGAGCGAGCGGAGGGACUUCCGGCCGUUGUGCACCGCUUCCCCAACAUCAUGGGGCCUGAUGCGCCCGAAGAGAUUCCCUUAGUGGCGCUAGACAAAUACUGCACCAAGAUGCGGGCCGUACCGGCGCUUGACCCCAAGCAAUGGCAGGGAGAGCUUGACAUCAUCGACGUCAGCGACGUGGUGCCCGAACUUCUGGCCAAGGCGUAUGCUCAUGAUCCUCGCGAACCAUUUGCCGUGCACAAUUACUGCAGCGAAAACAGAUAUGUGCUGUCAGACCUCGAGGGCAUGUACAACGACAGGCUCGGCACCAAGGUCAAGGUCCUAUCAGUACGCGAGUGGAUGCAGAAGGCCAAGGCUUUGGGCAUGCCGGCGGGUGUUGAGGCUACCUGGACUGGCAAUGAAGUGUUUGUGUCGCCUGUGUUACGCAAGGGGGGCAAGUGA